CCACAGGAGCUGCGAGGAAGAAGCAGGAAGUCAUUUGCCUGAGUUGUCAUGGAGUCCUGAGGAAGAGGAGGAUGACUGCUCUUCAGCUCGCCACUGCGUGUGCGGUUCUGCUGAGUCUGCGGGUUUCUGCGGAGAUGGUAGACAUCAGAGCCGUGUCCGGACAGGACGUCACUCUGCCAUGUCGAGCGCCAAACAACGACUCCAUCAUCGCCAUUGAGUGGUUCAAACCUGCCGAGGAAGAGACCUACUUGCUCCUGUACCGGGGGGGGCGGAUCCUCACGGACAGCCAGCAUCCGUCCUACCAGAGCCGCGUGACGUUCCAGAAGGAAAAGGUGAAGGACGGAGACGCGUCUCUGAGUUUGAGGACGGUGACGGAGGAGGACUCGGGAACGUACACCUGUUUGGUCGCUCAGAGAAACCAAAAAGCCACAUCUGGGUCCAGCAAUGGGAGAAUUCCCCAGACCUACAUCCGCCUCACGGUUGACUCCGCCCCUUCCUCUCCGGCGUGCAGAGGAGGCGGGGCUCUGGGGCUGGUCGCCGUCCCGCUGGUUCUGGCUGUGAUGGUCGGUUCAGUCUGAGUCCAGCUGCAGGGAUGGACUCCAGGGAGAGUCUGGAUCAUGUUUGGGUCGGCAGAACCGUCUGAGACACCGACUGAUGAUUCAUGGAGGAAAGCAUCUGGGCGUGGGGGCAUCAGAGGGCGGAGCUUUAACCUCCAUCUGCAUAUUUGAACAAAACAAACAUUUCACCUGUUAGCAUGGCGGCGUUACCGGUUUCAGACAGACGUCUAAUGCUACGUUCACAUCGGAAACCGCGUUCAAGCAGUCUGCAUAACGCACGCGUGUGCGCGUGUCAGGUUCCCGUACGAAAAGUCCCAUGUUCCGGCGUCGAUAUGCAGGUUUUUUGUGGGCGGCUGUAGUGCAGCAGUAGGGCGGUCGACCCAUGAUCGUAAGAUUGCAGGUUCGAUUCCCGCCUUGCACGCCCAUGAGUCAAAGUGUCCUUGGGCAAGACACUGAACCCCACCUUGCCUCUGGUGGUAG